CUAGUUAACCAACAUUUCAAUUUGGCAGAAGUAGGAAGAGACAAAGGUACCCCUACAAGGAAGGCAAUACUAGCAGUAGCAGUUUUCAAUAAUCCUCCUGUCGAAGCACAAGGAAGAAUGAAGGCAGAAGAAGAAGGAGGUCUAAAGCUCUUCACCAACAAACCCAAGAAAGGUAACAAAUUAUCACUUCUAGAAAUCUUUUCUUUUUUAUCGAAUCAUUUUGGGUCUUUUAAACUUUCGAUUUACUAUUUGUUUGUUGCAAAAACAACAACAACAAUAGCGCAACUAAAAGCAAAGGAUUUGUCUUCACCAACAACAGCAACAGGGACAUCAUCAUCAUCAUCAUCUGCUGCUGCAGCUGCAUCAUACAAAAUGGGGUCUCAGUCUACCGCACCUCCACCCCCCCCUCAGCCUCCAAAGGAGUCUUUCGCUAGGCGUUACAAGUUCCUUUGGCCCCUUAUUUUGACUGUCAAUCUCAGUGUUGGAGCUUACUUGUUCAUGAGAACGAAGAAAAAGGAUACAGUCCAGGAGGAGGAAGUUUCAAGCAAAAUUCCUUCAUCCACUCCUAGUACAACCGCUCCAGUUUCUGAGACACCCAUACCAUCACCUACCAUUUCUGAAGUAGUGAAGCUAUGUGAACCUAUUCGAGAGGAUCAGCAGCGUGAACUAUUCAAGUGGAUUUUGGAAGAAAAAAGAAAAGUGAAACCAAAAGAUUCAGAAGAGAGAAAGCGCAUUGAUGAUGAGAAAGCUAUUCUCAAACAAUUCAUUCGAGCAAAAUCCAUCCCAAGCAUCUAAGUCGAUCAUACUUCUCUUCCAAUUUACAUCAUUAGGAAUGGAUUUUUUUUUUUAUUGACUUUUGUGCAAUGGAAAGAAAUCUUGGAUUUCAGCCACCAGGUGGCAGGAGUUUCAUGUAAAGAUGCUGAAGGACAUGACUGUCCUAAAUUCAUCCUCCUUCGACUCCAUUUUAGUUGGGCCAUAACUAGGUGAUGGCCUCUUUAUCGGUUGUGAUUCUGUAAUUUAGCAAUUGCUUAUCGAUAUGCAUUAACAGUCCUACUUGUAGAUGAAUUUUCUACAGCUUUGAUCAUCUUCGUAAAUUGCAGUCUUUUGUGAUUA